UAUCAUGCACUGAUUUCUCCUACGACAGUCGGGGUCCGAACGUUUUAAGGAAAAGUUGCAUAUAAAAUAACAGAUCGAAUUCAAAAAAUUGUUGGGUUUUUUAUAAAAUAUAAAAAGUGAAAUAAAUAAGAAAUUAUAUCGGUACCAAUCUCAAAACUUUAAAUAAAGGCUGAAUUUCGCUCAAUAGUUUAUUUACGCAAAAAUAGCUUUAUAAAAAAAUUAGAAGUAGGUACUUAUAGUACAUAAACUUUUUAAUAAAAGUGGGUUUUUUAAUAUAGCUUUUACUUAAUAGAAAAUCAAAAAAAAAAAACAAAAUGAGAUGUGAAAUACCAGUUGUGAUGCGGUGUUGUUGCUGUUUUCCUCUUCGACAUGGUUUACUUGUUUGGGCAUACUUAAAACAGAUCCUCAGUUUAUUCUUCUUAACAUAUAUGAUUGUAGAAGUAUGUCGCCACUACCAGAGAAUGCGGGUGUUGAGUGAUGUGAUGUCUUUACUCAUGAUACUCCUUACGAUCGCAGACAUCGUGUUUCACGUCCUUUUUAUUAUAAGUGCACAUACAAAAGACUACAAGAAAAUGAGAAUAUUCUACAGAUAUAGUAUAGUUGUUAUUUGUCUGUACGUGCUCAUAGUUGGUUUUUACAUAGCAAUGUGGACAUACUACGUAUACGUGAUUCCUGUCAUACUCAUAUUUAUAUGGCCAAUUGUGGUGCCAGCGCUGAUUAUGAGCAUUUUAAUGAUAUUUUUUCAAGGUUACCUCAUAAUCCUCGUAAGAAGUGAAUUUAUCAAACUGAAAAACAACUCCCAUUUUGAAUUCGUGAACCAUGCGGCUGAUGAGAAAUGUACUGCCAACCUUGAUUUCGUCAUACGGAUCCCUGUGACUGUAUAAAAUUACCAAAAUAGCCAGAGCUAUUACAUAAUGAUAGCGCAGGAAGUUCUAUGCAAACAGCGCUAUAACGUCGUCUUAGAGUGAAAACCUCGGGAAUGCAUUUUUGCUCAAAUUUAUUUUAUUGCGUUUCUAGGAAGAAAACCUCGCAACGCACAUCCUGAUCUGACUAAUUUGUUCAUUCGAUACUCGUAACGCCAUCU